AUGUCUAGAUUUUAUUUAGAUGAUAAUAAAAGAUUUUUGAGCUAUAAAUCUCUUCCCUAUAUUGUGAAAAUACUGUCGACUUCUCUGAAUGAGAUUACAUUUAUGAUGGUAUAUAGGACUAUGGCGCGAACAAAGAUAAUUAGGGAAUUAAGGCGAGAGAUUGAUGAGUUGAAACAGGCUCUGGCUACUCAAGCUGCACCUCCAGCUCCACCAAUCCCACCUGCAUCGCCAAUAUCGACCCCUACCUUUGAUGGAGGGAAAGACCCUCUGGCAGCUGAAGAGUGGUUGCGUGCUAUUGAGAAAAUCUUUCGGCACAUCUCUUGUCCAGAAAAUCAAAAAGUAUUAUGUGCUGAGUUUAUGCUAGUUGGAAGAGCAAGCCAUUGGUGGGAAUCCUCAUCACGUACUCGUACCGAGGAGGAACAAUGUAAUUCAACUUGGUACCAGUUCAAAAUGGAGCUAGCAGAGAAGUUUUUCCCACAAGCUCUACGAGACUAUAAGGAGGUAGAAUUUUUAAGACUGGUACUGGGAGAUAUGGAAUUUUCCGAGUAUGAGAGCAAGUUUGAGGAAUUAUCUCGAUAUGCCCCACAUCUUGUAAGUACUAAGCUAAUGAAGGUAAAACAUUAUGAGAGGGGCCUGCGCCCAGAGAUCAGGCAGAUUAUGAGUUCACACGAUCUCACCACUUUUCAGGCAAUUGUGAAGAAAGCUCAAAUAUCAAGUAGUCCUCCAUCCCAAUGUCCUAAAUGUAACAAGUUUCACAGAUGGGAAUGUCUGUAUGGAAAAUAUACUUGCUAUAAGUUUGGCCAACUUGGCCAUGUGGUUUCCUCAUGUCCAUCGAUUAAGAAACCCGAACAAGAGAAGAAAGGAAAAGCAAGGGUGUUUGCUCUGACUCACGAUGAGGCUGCCCAAAAUCUGGACGUAAUCGCAGGUAGUUUAUCCGUCUUUGGAACUUCGGUUUAUAUCCUUAUUGAUUCUGGUACAACACAUUCAUUCAUAUCUAAUGCAUGUCUAGCUAAGAUCAAUGCUUCAAGUAAGAAGAAUGAUAAUGUACUAGAGGUUAGUAUGCCAUCAGGAGGAACUAUUGAUACUGAUAGGAUAGCAAUGGGGGUACAAAUAAAUUUUGAUGGACUGACAUUAGAGGCUGACUUGUACGUUAUAGAAAUGAAAGACUUUGAUAUUAUUUUAAGCAUGGAUUGGAUAGCUUUGAAGGCAAAAAGCAUGUUGAGGAAGCUUGACUGCCAGGGGUAUCUUGUCAAUCUUUUCGGCACCUCAUCUCAAGAUAAAAUAUUAGAUGAUGUGCCAAUAGUACCAGAGUAUGCUGACAUGCUCCCCGAUGAUCUACCGGGUAUUCCACCCGAUAGACAAGUGGAAUUCACAGUAGAUUUGGUACCUGAAGCUACUCAUGUGUUCAAAGCUCCAUAUCGAAUGGCACCAAAGGAAUUACAAGAGUUAAGGAUGCAACUAGAAGAACUUCUAGACAAAAGGUUCAUUAGACCAAGUGUAUUUCCUUGGGGAGCUCUGGUACUCUUUGUAAAGAAGAAAGACGGUACUAUGAGGCUGUGCAUCGACUACCGUGAAUUGAAUAAGUUGAUGAUCAAAAAUAAGUAUCCUCUUCCUAGGAUUGAAGACCUAUUUGAUUAG